AUGGCUACUAGACUUGCUCUUCAUACUCGUGGUCUUCCACGAAUCCCUCGACCUUCAACCAAGCUACUUUCUAUAGCUCCUCGCUCCUCUUCACUCCUCCCAAGGUCCUUCUCUCUUCUUGCGCCAUAUACCAGAAACACCCCGGUUUCCUCAGUACGCCAUUAUGCAAACGGACGUCCUCAUCCCCCCGGCGGUACCCACCGUAUGAAUAUGAGUGGGGAGCCCGAGAAGCCUGCUCUGGAACAAUUCGGUGUUGACUUGACAGCAAAAGCAAAGGCUGGAAAGCUGGAUCCUGUUAUUGGAAGAGAUGCAGAGAUUCACCGGACUAUCCAGGUGCUGUCACGUCGGACCAAGAAUAAUCCCGUACUGAUUGGUGCGGCGGGUACGGGCAAGACUGCUGUGUUGGAGGGUCUUGCGCAACGAAUCGUUCAAGGCGAUGUUCCCGAGAGUAUCAAGAACAAACGUGUGAUCUCGCUGGAUCUAGGUUCGCUGAUUGCAGGCGCCAAGUUUCGCGGUGACUUUGAAGAACGUCUCAAAUCAGUACUUAAGGAAGUUGAGGACGCUCAAGGUGGUGUCAUUCUCUUCAUUGAUGAACUUCACACUUUACUGGGACUUGGCAAGGCUGAAGGUAGCAUUGAUGCAAGCAAUCUGCUAAAGCCAGCGUUGUCUCGAGGUGAACUUCAAUGCUGUGGUGCUACAACGCUAAACGAAUACCGCAUAAUUGAAAAGGAUGUGGCGCUGGCUCGCCGUUUCCAACCCAUCCUAGUUGGCGAACCAUCUGUCGCAUCAACAAUCUCCAUUUUACGUGGUAUUAAAAACAAAUACGAGGUGCAUCAUGGUGUUCGUAUCACCGACGGGGCUCUCGUUGCUGCCGCUACCUACAGCAAUCGUUAUAUUACCGACCGUUACCUCCCCGACAAAGCAAUUGACCUGGUAGAUGAGGCCGCCUCAGCCCUCCGCUUGCAACAAGAAUCGAAGCCCGACGCCAUCAGAGAGUUGGAACGCGAUAUCACCACAAUUCAGAUUGAGCUUGAGUCUUUGCGCAAAGAGACCGAUGUCAGCAGUUGCGAGCGACGAGACAAGCUUCAGGAGGAGCUGAAGACCAAACAAGACGAAGCUGGCAAGCUGACUGAAGCUUGGGAAAAGGAAAAGGCUGAAAUUGACAGCAUCAAGCGCACCAAGGAAGAGCUGGAACAAGCCCGAUUCCAAUUGGAACAAGCACAGCGGGAAGGUGAAUUUGCCAAAGCUGGAGAGCUCCGAUUCUCUAAAAUCCCCGAGUUGGAAAGCAAAUUACCAAAGGAGGGAGCAGAGCAGGAUGCCGAGAAGCAGAAUCUGAUCCAUGACUCUGUCACAGCUGAUGAUAUUGGUAAUGUGGUCUCCCGGACUACAGGCAUCCCGGUCAACAAAUUGAUGGCCGGCGAAGUCGAGAAGUUGAUUCGGAUGGAAGAUACACUCCGCAAGUCGGUUCGUGGACAAGAUGAAGCUCUCGCCGCAGUCGCCAAUGCUGUUAGAAUGCAGCGAGCUGGGCUGAGUGGUGAAAACCGCCCGCUAGCAUCAUUCAUGUUCCUUGGACCGACUGGUGUAGGCAAGACAGAGCUGUGCAAGAAGAUGGCCGAGUUCCUUUUCUCCACGGAGACUGCGGUCGUACGAUUUGAUAUGAGUGAAUUCCAGGAGAAACAUACUAUCAGUCGCUUGAUUGGAUCUCCUGCUGGAUACGUUGGCUACGAUGACGCGGGACAACUCACCGAAGCUGUCAGACGCAAGCCAUAUGCCGUCCUCCUAUUUGAUGAGUUCGAAAAGGCUCACCGAGAUAUCUCAGCCUUAUUACUUCAGGUGCUCGAUGAGGGGUUCCUCACAGAUGCCCAAGGCCACAAAGUCGAUUUCCGAAAUACCCUGAUCGUCCUGACUUCUAACUUGGGCGCCGAUAUCCUAGUUGGAGGUGAUCCCUUACACGCCUACAAGGAUACCGGUGAAUCUGAGGUACCGGCUGAUAUCAAGAAAGCCGUGAUGGACGUUGUACAGCACGCCUAUGCACCCGAGUUCCUGAACCGUAUGGAUGAGUUCAUCAUUUUCAAGCGCCUCUCACGCGAAGCUUUACGAGAUAUCGUGGAUAUCAGAAUUAAUGAAUUGCAGGGCCGACUUGAUAACCGUCGCAUGACCUUGAAGGUAGACGAAGAUAUCAAGGAUUGGCUCUGUGAACGAGGUUAUGACCCCAAGUUUGGUGCUCGACCACUAAACCGUCUCAUUGCCAAGGAGAUUGGAAACCGGCUGGCCGAUAAAAUUAUCCGUGGUGAGAUUGUGUCUGGUCAGACUGCUCGGGUCUCCCUCCUCGAUGACAAAGCUUCUCUGGUGGUUACUGUUGAAGGAGCUGAAGAGAAACAAGCACGAAUCUGA